GGGGAAGGAAAGGGGGGGCCCCUCGCCUGUGGAGGAAUCCGCACCGGUGCUAAGUUAUCUCCCAGAGACGGUGUGAGGCACUCGGGCUGCUCAACCUGCUGCCGCCGCCGCUGCCGAUCCUUCUUGCUUUUCAUUGCCCCAGCGUGUUAAGAAUUCUCUCUCACCUGAUGUGCUGAAGACACGAGGCAUAAUGACUGCGAAAUAGAGCUUUGCGGACUGCCCCUUUUAGUGACAGUGACUGGCCCCAAAUAUAAGAGUGGCUUUUCUGAAAACACCCUACCUGACUCAGAAUAAUGGAUAUCAAAGACAGAAGACACCGUUCUCUGACCAGGGGCCGGUGCGGAAAAGAGUGUCGCUAUACAAGUUCUUCACUGGAUAGUGAAGACUGCAGAGUACCAACUCAGAAGUCUUACAGCUCAAGUGAGACACUGAAGGCGUAUGAUCAUGACACCAGGAUGCACUAUGGAAAUCGAGUUUCUGACCUUGUUCACAGGGAGUCGGAUGAAUUUCCAAGACAAGGAACAAACUUCACCCUUGCAGAACUAGGAAUCUGUGAACCCUCUCCCCAUCGAAGCGGCUACUGCUCAGACAUAGGAAUACUCCAUCAAGGCUAUUCCUUGAGCACAGGCUCUGAUGCUGACUCAGACACAGAGGGAGGAAUGUCUCCAGAGCAUGCCAUCAGGCUGUGGGGAAGAGGGAUCAAAUCCAGGCGAAGUUCCGGUCUGUCAAGUCGUGAAAACUCAGCUCUCACACUUACCGACUCUGAUAAUGAAAAUAAGUCGGAUGAGGAGAACGAUUUUCACACACACCUUUCUGAGAAAUUGAAAGACAGACAGACAAGCUGGCAGCAGCUGGCUGAGACAAAGAACUCUCUAAUACGUCGUCCCAUUCCACCUACAUCCUCGUCUAGCCUUCUCCCAUCUGCUCAGCUGCCCAGUUCUCAUAAUCCUCCACCAGUUAGCUGCCAGAUGCCAUUGCUAGACAGCAAUACGUCCCAUCAAAUCAUGGACACCAAUCCUGAUGAGGAGUUCUCUCCUAAUUCAUAUCUGCUAAGAGCGUGUUCAGGGCCACAGCAGGCCUCCAGCAGUGGCCCUUCAAACCACCACAGCCAGUCUACGCUGAGGCCGCCGCUGCCUCCUCCUCACAACCAUUCCCUGUCCCACCACCACUCCUCUGCCAACUCCCUCAACAGGAACUCGCUCACAAACCGCCGGAACCAGAUCCACGCGCCCGCGCCGGCACCCAACGACCUGGCCACCACCCCCGAGUCCGUGCAGCUGCAGGACAGCUGGGUGCUCAACAGCAACGUCCCGCUGGAGACCAGGCAUUUCUUGUUCAAGACAUCUUCUGGAACUACUCCACUGUUCAGUAGUUCUUCCCCUGGUUACCCGUUGACCUCAGGAACAGUUUAUACUCCACCUCCCAGACUGUUACCUAGAAAUACAUUCUCCAGGAACGCGUUCAAGCUGAAGAAACCCUCCAAGUAUUGUAGCUGGAAAUGUGCCGCUUUAUCUGCAAUUGCUGCUGCAGUCCUGCUUGCCAUCCUGCUGGCAUAUUUCAUAGCCAUGCACCUCCUGGGGCUCAACUGGCGGCUGCGCCCGGCGGACGGACCCACCCUCAGCAACGGGCGGCGGCCCGGCCGCGCGGGCGCCGAGGACGGGGCGGCGGCGCCACCUGGAGGCAGAGGCCCAUGGGUCUCUAGGAAUAGCAGCAUAGAUAGCGGAGAAACAGAAGUUGGCCGCAGGGUCACCCAGGAAGUGCCCCCUGGGGUUUUCUGGCGGUCUCAGAUCCAUAUCACCCAGCCACAGUUCCUGAAGUUCAACAUAUCCUUAGGGAAGGAUGCUCUUUUUGGUGUUUAUAUAAGAAGAGGACUCCCACCAUCACAUGCCCAGUACGAUUUCAUGGAACGCUUGGAUGGGAAAGAGAAAUGGAGUGUGGUGGAGUCCCCACGGGAACGUCGAAGUAUUCAGACCCUUGUUCAGAAUGAGGCUGUGUUUGUUCAAUACUUGGAUGUGGGUUUGUGGCACCUGGCAUUUUACAAUGAUGGCAAGGACAAAGAAGUGGUCUCUUUCAGUACAGUUAUUUUGGAUUCAGUGCAAGACUGCCCACGUCACUGUCAUGGGAAUGGCGAGUGUGUAUCAGGUGUCUGUCACUGCUUUCCAGGAUUUCAUGGAGCAGAUUGUGCUAAAGGACGGCGCCACUUUAAUAAGUAUAAAAAGAAGGCUGCUUGCCCAGUUCUGUGCAGUGGCAAUGGUCAGUACUCUAAAGGCACCUGCCUAUGCUACAGUGGCUGGAAAGGUCCAGAAUGUGAUGUACCCAUCAGCCAAUGUAUUGAUCCCUCAUGUGGAGGUCAUGGUUCCUGCAUCGAUGGGAACUGUGUCUGUUCAGUUGGCUAUAAAGGAGAAAACUGUGAAGAAGUUGAUUGCUUAGAUCCAACGUGCUCCAGCCAUGGAGUCUGCGUGAAUGGAGAAUGUCUCUGCAGCCCAGGCUGGGGUGGAAUAAAUUGCGAGCUUCCCAGAGCCCAGUGUCCAGACCAGUGCAGUGGGCACGGUUCCUACCUGUCUGACACAGGUCUGUGUAGCUGUGAUCCCAACUGGAUGGGUCCUGACUGCUCCGUUGAAGUGUGCUCCGUGGACUGUGGCACCCACGGGGUAUGCAUUGGUGGAGCAUGUCGCUGUGAAGAAGGGUGGACAGGAGAGGCGUGUGACCAGCGUGUGUGUCAUCCCCGUUGUACAGAGCACGGAACUUGUAAAGAUGGGAAAUGUGAAUGCAGAGAGGGCUGGAAUGGGGAACACUGCACCAUUGAUGGGUGCCCCGACCUGUGCAACGGCAAUGGGAGGUGCACGCUGGGCCAGAACAGCUGGCAGUGCGUCUGCCAGCCUGGAUGGAGGGGGCCCGGCUGCAACGUCGCGAUGGAGACGGCCUGCGCGGACAGCAAGGACAACGAGGGAGAUGGCUUGGUUGACUGCCUGGACCCAGAUUGCUGCCUCCAGUCUACUUGUCAAAAUAGCCUGCUGUGCCGUGGUUCACGUGAUCCCCUUGACAUCAUACAACAGAGCCAUUCAGGUUCCCCAGCUGUGAAGUCAUUCUACGAUCGGAUCAAGCUUUUAGUGGGGAAGGACAGCACUCACAUCAUCCCAGGAGAAAAUCCCUUCAACAGCAGUCUCGUGUCUCUCAUAAGAGGCCAAGUGGUGACUACAGAUGGAACGCCUCUAGUUGGGGUCAACGUGUCAUUUGUCAAGUAUCCAAAGUAUGGCUAUACCAUCACUCGUCAGGAUGGCACGUUUGACUUGGUGGCAAAUGGUGGAGCAUCCCUAACCUUGCACUUUGAACGGGCUCCAUUUAUGAGUCAGGAAAGGACAGUAUGGUUGCCAUGGAAUAGCUUCUAUGCCAUGGACACGCUUGCCAUGAAGACAGAGGAGAACUCCAUUCCCAGCUGUGAUCUAAGUGGUUUUGUCCGUCCUGACCCACUCAUCAUUUCAUCACCACUUUCAACUUUCUUCAGUGAUGCUCCAGGCCGGAAUCCCAUUGUACCAGAAACCCAGGUUCUUCAUGAAGAAAUUGAGAUCCCUGGCUCUAGCAUAAAGCUCAGCUACCUGAGUUCCCGUACUGCUGGAUACAAAUCCUUACUUAAGAUCACCAUGACUCAGUCACUUGUGCCACUGAAUCUAAUCAAAGUUCAUUUGAUGGUAGCAGUAGAAGGGCAUUUGUUUCAAAAAUCAUUUCAGGCGUCUCCCAACUUGGCAUAUACAUUUAUCUGGGACAAAACAGACGCGUAUGGUCAGAAGGUUUAUGGGUUGUCAGAUGCUGUAGUUUCUGUGGGGUUUGAAUAUGAGACUUGCCCCAGUCUCAUUUUAUGGGAGAAGAGGACAGCACUGCUGCAAGGCUUUGAACUAGAUCCUUCAAAUUUAGGAGGAUGGUCUUUGGAUAAACAUCAUGUACUUAAUGUCAAGAGUGGUAUAUUGCACAAAGGCAAUGGAGAAAAUCAGUUUCUAACUCAGCAGCCAGCUGUGAUAACCAGCAUUAUGGGGAAUGGGCGCCGAAGAAGCAUAUCCUGUCCCAGCUGCAAUGGUCUAGCAGAAGGAAAUAAGCUUUUGGCCCCUGUAGCACUGGCAGUGGGUAUUGAUGGAAGUCUCUUUGUUGGAGAUUUUAACUAUAUUCGGCGUAUCUUCCCAUCCAGGAAUGUUACUAGUAUAUUGGAGCUGAGAAAUAAAGAGUUUAAACAUAGCAACAAUCCUGCUCAUAAAUACUAUCUGGCCGUGGACCCUGUUUCAGGCUCACUGUAUGUAUCGGACACCAACAGUCGACGGAUAUACAGAGUCAAGUCCCUCUCUGGCAUGAAAGACCUAGCUGGUAACUCUGAAGUGGUGGCAGGGACAGGAGAGCAAUGCCUGCCCUUUGACGAAGCCAGAUGUGGGGAUGGAGGGAAGGCAGUGGACGCAACCCUCAUGAGCCCUCGAGGAAUUGCAGUGGAUAAAUAUGGUCUCAUGUAUUUUGUUGAUGCCACUAUGAUUAGAAAAGUGGAUCAGAAUGGAAUUAUAUCAACCCUGCUGGGCUCCAAUGACCUAACUGCUGUUCGACCACUCAGCUGUGAUUCCAGCAUGGAUGUCUCCCAGGUACGGCUGGAGUGGCCUACUGAUCUCGCUGUCAAUCCCAUGGACAACUCACUUUAUGUCUUAGAGAACAAUGUUAUUUUACGGAUCACAGAAAAUCAUCAAGUUAGCAUUAUUGCUGGACGCCCCAUGCACUGCCAGGUUCCUGGUAUAGACUACUCUCUUAGCAAACUGGCUAUUCACUCUGCACUUGAAUCAGCCAGUGCCAUUGCCAUCUCACACACAGGAGUUCUUUACAUCAGUGAGACAGACGAAAAAAAAAUUAAUCGGCUACGCCAGGUAACUACCAAUGGAGAAAUAUGCCUUCUUGCAGGGGCAGCUUCAGACUGUGAUUGCAAAAAUGAUGUCAACUGUAAUUGCUAUUCUGGGGAUGAUGGGUAUGCCACUGAUGCCAUCUUAAAUUCACCAUCUUCCUUAGCUGUGGCCCCAGAUGGUACCAUCUACAUAGCUGAUCUUGGAAACAUCCGCAUUAGGGCUGUCAGUAAAAACAGGCCCAUUCUUAAUUCUUUUAACCAAUAUGAAGCUGCAUCUCCAGGAGAACAGGAGCUGUAUGUCUUCAAUGCUGAUGGGAUUCACCAGUACACUCUCAGCCUUGUUACCGGGGAGUACUUGUACAAUUUCACCUAUAGCAGCGAUAACGAUGUCACGGAGGUGAUGGACAACAAUGGCAACUCCCUGAAGGUCCGUCGGGAUGCCAGUGGGAUGCCCCGCCAUUUACUGAUGCCGGAUAAUCAGAUUGUCACGCUGGCUGUUGGCACUAAUGGUGGACUCAAGCUAGUCUCAACACAGACCCUGGAGCUCGGAUUAAUGACAUAUAACGGAAACAGUGGUCUCUUAGCAACGAAGAGUGAUGAAACAGGAUGGACAACAUUUUAUGACUAUGAUCAUGAAGGGCGUCUGACCAAUGUAACACGUCCCACUGGAGUGGUAACUAGCCUUCAUCGAGAGAUGGAAAAGUCUAUUACCAUCGACAUUGAGAAUUCUAAUCGGGAUGACGAUGUCACGGUCAUCACAAAUCUCUCCUCUGUGGAGGCUUCCUAUACAGUUGUUCAAGAUCAAGUGAGGAACAGCUACCAGCUCUGUAAUAAUGGUACUUUGAGAGUGAUGUAUGCCAAUGGCAUGAGCAUUAGCUUUCACAGCGAACCUCAUGUCCUGGCUGGGACUGUGACUCCCACCAUAGGACGAUGUAAUAUUUCUCUACCAAUGGAAAAUGGUUUAAACUCAAUUGAAUGGCGUCUGAGGAAGGAACAGAUUAAAGGCAAAGUGACUGUGUUUGGAAGAAAGCUCAGGGUGCACGGAAGGAAUUUGCUGUCCAUUGACUACGACCGAAACAUACGCACAGAGAAAAUCUAUGAUGAUCACCGGAAGUUCACCCUGCGGAUCAUCUAUGACCAGCUCGGGCGCCCGUUCCUCUGGCUGCCCAGCAGCGGCCUGGCUGCUGUCAAUGUCUCCUACUUCUUCAAUGGGCGCCUGGCUGGGCUGCAGCGUGGAGCCAUGAGCGAGAGAACAGACCUGGAUAAGCAAGGCAGGAUCGUAUCGCGCAUGUUUGCCGAUGGGAAGGUUUGGAGCUACACCUAUCUAGAAAAAUCGAUGGUACUACUGCUUCAGAGUCAACGCCAGUACAUCUUUGAGUAUGAUUCUUCAGACCGCCUUCAUGCUGUCACCAUGCCCAGCGUUGCUCGGCACAGCAUGUCAACUCACACCUCCAUUGGCUACAUUAGAAACAUUUAUAACCCUCCUGAAAGCAAUGCAUCAGUGAUUUUUGAUUACAGUGAUGAUGGGAGGAUUCUGAAAACAUCAUUUUUAGGCACUGGGCGACAAGUCUUCUACAAGUAUGGAAAGCUAUCCAAGUUAUCUGAAAUUGUUUAUGACAGCACUGCAGUUACUUUUGGGUAUGAUGAAACUACAGGUGUCCUAAAAAUGGUGAAUCUGCAAAGUGGAGGAUUUUCUUGUACAAUCCGUUAUCGUAAAAUUGGUCCUCUCGUUGACAAACAGAUCUACAGGUUCUCUGAAGAGGGUAUGGUCAAUGCAAGGUUUGAUUAUACCUAUCACGAUAAUAGCUUUCGAAUCGCAAGCAUCAAGCCUAUAAUAAGCGAGACGCCUCUUCCAGUUGAUCUUUACCGUUACGAUGAGAUUUCUGGCAAAGUAGAGCAUUUUGGCAAGUUUGGAGUUAUUUAUUAUGAUAUAAAUCAAAUUAUUACUACAGCAGUUAUGACACUGAGUAAGCACUUUGAUACCCAUGGGCGCAUUAAGGAAGUUCAGUAUGAAAUGUUCCGAUCUCUUAUGUACUGGAUGACUGUCCAAUAUGACAGCAUGGGAAGGGUAACUAAGAGAGAACUGAAACUUGGUCCAUAUGCCAACACCACCAAGUAUACCUAUGACUAUGAUGGAGAUGGGCAACUGCAAAGUGUAGCAGUAAAUGACAGGCCAACCUGGCGUUACAGUUAUGAUCUGAAUGGAAACCUUCAUCUACUGAAUCCUGGAAAUAGUGUCAGACUGAUGCCUCUGCGCUAUGACCUGAGAGACAGGAUUACACGCUUAGGUGACAUACCCUACAAAAUUGAUGAGGAUGGAUUCCUGUGUCAGCGAGGCUCAGACGUAUUUGAGUACAACUCCAAAGGACUCUUGACAAGAGCUUACAACAAAGCCAAUGGGUGGAGUGUUCAGUACCGUUAUGAUGGACUCGGCCGAAGGGCUUCCUGUAAGACUAACCUGGGGCACCACCUACAGUACUUUUAUGCUGAUCUUCACAAUCCAACAAGGGUCACUCAUGUCUACAAUCAUUCCAAUUCAGAAAUUACCUCUUUAUACUACGAUCUGCAAGGCCACCUCUUUGCAAUGGAGAGUAGCAGCGGGGAAGAAUAUUAUGUCGCCUCUGAUAACACAGGCACUCCAUUAGCCGUGUUCAGCAUCAAUGGCCUCAUGAUCAAACAGCUUCAGUACACAGCAUAUGGGGAGAUUUACUAUGACUCUAAUCCUGAUUUCCAGCUGGUUAUUGGGUUCCAUGGGGGGCUGUAUGAUCCUUUAACCAAACUUGUCCAUUUUACCCAGAGGGACUAUGAUGUCCUGGCUGGACGCUGGACAUCUCCUGAUUACACCAUGUGGAAAAACAUUGGUAAAGAACCUGCUCCUUUCAAUCUGUACAUGUUCAAGAGUAACAACCCUCUAAGCAAUGAACUGGAUCUGAAGAACUAUGUAACAGAUGUCAAAAGCUGGUUGGUGAUGUUCGGAUUUCAACUUAGCAACAUUAUUCCUGGUUUCCCUAGAGCAAAAAUGUACUUUGUGUCACCACCAUACGAGUUGUCUGAGAGUCAAGCAUGUGAAAACGGACAGCUAAUUACAGGAGUUCAGCAGACGACAGAAAGACACAACCAGGCUUUCAUGGCUCUUGAGGGCCAGGUCAUAUCUAAGAGAUUACAUGCCAAUAUUAGAGAAAAAGCAGGUCGCUGGUUUGCCACAACCACGCCUAUCAUUGGGAAAGGAAUCAUGUUUGCUGUGAAGGAAGGCCGUGUAACCACUGGCGUUUCCAGCAUAGCCACAGAUGACAGCAGGAAGAUUGCCUCUGUCCUGAACAGUGCUCACUACCUGGAGAAAAUGCACUACAGCAUCGAGGGGAAGGACACCCAUUACUUCGUGAAGAUCGGCUCGGCUGACAGCGACCUCGUCACCCUCGCCAUGACCAGCGGGAGGAAGGUGCUGGACAGCGGAGUCAACGUCACGGUGUCCCAGCCCAGCCUGCUCGUCAGCGGGAGGACUCGAAGGUUUACCAACAUCGAGUUCCAGUACUGCACCCUGCUCAUCAACAUCCGCUACGGACUGACCCCCGACACGCUGGACGACGAGAAGGCCCGAGUGCUCGACCAGGCUCGGCAGCGAGCGCUGGGAGCAGCCUGGGCCAAGGAGCAGCAGAAGGCACGGGACGGCCGCGAGGGCAGCCGCGUAUGGACAGAUGGAGAGAAGCAGCAGCUUCUGAACACGGGAAGGGUGCAAGGUUACGAGGGAUAUUAUGUCCUGCCCGUGGAGCAGUACCCAGAGCUAGCAGACAGUAGCAGCAACAUCCAGUUUUUAAGACAGAAUGAAAUGGGAAAGAGGUAACAAAUUAAUCUGCUGUCAUCCUUUGCUGGAUGAAUCAGUAGUCAUAACUGUUAUCUCCUCUCCUAAGGAGAUGAAGACCUAAAUGGGGGCACUAGGCUGAGCUACUCUGGGAUAGUAAGUGGCAAAAAGCUCAUAUUUUUUGAGUUAAAUGCCACUGUUCAAGUGAUUAAAACCCACAUCCUGAAGUGGACUAAAGCCAGACUGAAAACUCUAACCAUACAAAUUAAAAAGUACCCCUGAAAUAUUACCCACUUGUUCUGGGUCUAAAGGAAAACAAAAAGAAGGCCUCGUAUUGUAUUACCUCACUCCAUUCACAUGUGAGCAAACUAAGAAAUCCAAGUGGGCCACUUUCACUAACCAGCUGAUGAAACACAGAUGAUUCAGACUGCUUGUUUGAUAAAUAUCCAAGAGGUUUUCAUUUAAAGCAAAAUACAGGUGCAUUUAAAACAUGACUUUGGGGUGAUUUGUGUGUAGCAACUGGAGGACAAUGAGAAUGCAAGUGAGAGCACACUGGAAAUAGGAAAGCAAAAUAUAUUUAAAAGUAACAAAACCACACUUGCACUCUGACCCUCCCCUGGUCUGGCCUGAAGCUUAACUUACUCAAAGAGGGCAGAGUGUAAAGUUACAUUCAAAAUGGUGGCUAUAAAUCACUACAAAUAAAUUUCAUACUCUGUUUGUCUUUGAAGAUUUCCAUUGUGGACAGUAUAACACAGUUACAGGGUGUAGUCUGUUUAGAUUCAGUAGUUUGUUGGUAUCAGUUCCAGUAGAGCUGUGGGCAUUGUGUUAACACUAUUGCAAAUGGGCACCACGUCAGAUCACCCUGUACAUACAUCAGCCAGAAGGCACAAUCACUGUUUCAGAUUUAAAAAUUAUUAGUGUGUUUGUUUGGUCGAGAAACUGAGACAAUCACAUUACAGUCACCACAGAAAAGAAAAAAAAAAAAAAGAGAAAAAAAAAAGUCUAAUAAGAACUUUGGUACAAGAACUUUUUUGUAAUAUACAUGUAUGAAUUGUUCAUUGAGUUUUUAUAUUAAUUUUAAUUUGCUGCUAAGCAAAGACUAGAGACAGGCAAAGAUAAUUUAUGGCAAAGUGUUUAAAUUGUUUAUACAUAAAUAAAGUCUCUAAAACUCCUGUGAA